AUGGGCCUCGUCGACUACUCAGAUUCCGAAACAUCAGAUGUUGAGGAGACGAAACCAGUCAAGACCUCAUCACAUUCAUCCAAACCAGCCUUCCAAAAGGUGGUUGACCGUGCAAAUCCUGGUAAGAUCAGGGUCACAUUGCCGCAAGCUGCCGUGAAGGACGAUACAAAGAACGAUGAACCUCCAACUAAACGCGCAAAGACUGGAGGCGGAGCGUUCAGCGGAUUUAACUCCUUCCUACCUCCACCAAAGCGGGCAGGACAAGUUACGAAUGCGACACUUGGUGGGGGGAACGCAGCGAGGAAGGGUGGUCUUGGGGCAGGAGUAAGUCUGAAGACAGGAGCUGCGCCUGGGUUUAGCAGAGAGCCAGGGCCCGAAAGGGAUAAUGAAAACUAUGGGGUGAGCCCAGACGAUUCUACAACUGGUGGGAAUAGCUUGAACCUUCCUCCUCCGAUACCACCACAAAAUGGAGAACAGAAACCGGCUGAGGAAGUGAAAUUGGUGGGAAAGCCCCUAAUGUUCAGACCUCUUUCGGUUGCGCGGAAACCAGCGAAGAAGAAGACUUCUAUUAUGCAAUCACCCGCCUCUUCUGCUCCUCCCACUGCUCCUACACCUCCCACCAACCCAUCAACGCCCCAACCCGGUGCUGCGAAAGCCCGCGCUCGACCAAAGGUCUCCCUAUUUUCAAUAUCGUCCGAGACAUCGAACUCUAUCUCGACUCCAUCAAAUGGAGAAUAUCAGCCCAUGAUACUCAAUGAAUCAACACAAACCGAAGACCAAAACCUAUCCGCCAUCGAGCCGACCUACGAAGAAUACACACCCACCACUUCACACAUAGCUCCCCCUGCAGUCCCCACGCCCCCAGUAUCACAAUCAUUAGAUGAUAUAGCAGGCGACUUAAACCUCUCAGCAGCGGAAAGACGGCAACUAUUUGGUCGGCAAAAAGGGGGCCGGGGGGUACAAGCGGCUACGAAAGUUAUCAAUUUCAAUACCGAUGAGGAAUAUCUGAGGAAUGAAGAGUUACGUGCCUCGGGAGAGCAGGUUGUACAUAACCCCGUACGGGCGAUUGCUCCUGGCAAGCAUAGCUUGAAGCAGUUGGUCAACGCUGCUCAGAGUCAGAAGGAUGCCCUGGAAGAGAGUUUUGCGAAGGGAAAGAGCAAUAGGGCCGAGGCUAGUAGUAGAUAUGGGUGGAAGGAUGAGGAUCCUCAAGAAUACCUAGACGAGAUCAGCGUAUAUAUACGGAGGAAUGCAGACGAACAAGACACAAAGGAAGACCAGAUUACAUUCGUAAAGGCAAUAUUCAAGGCAACCCUUCAGGGAAAAGCCAAGAAUUGGUAUAUUGACGAGGUGACACGUACAACCCGAGCGGAUUGGAACCAGCUACAGAAGGAGUUCAAGGAAUCAUUCGAACUGGAGGAGGAGGGCAACAGGGAACUUGAGGUGCAACAGAAGUUCGUGGGAGGACUCACAAAUUCGGAGCUCCAGCAUCGUGUCCAGGGGAGUCUGAUGGUGUCAGGAAAGCUAGACGCAGUAGGGCAACUCAAGAAGGAUAUCACAUUUCACGACGUUAAAAACUCUCUGAUUGCAAGUACCAGGGUACUCGGCAAAUCCCACCCCUUCGCUGAUGAUCAUGAUGAUGGUGAAGACACCGACCAGACUGAAAUUGAUAAGAUCCUCAAAUUGUUCAAUGGAACGGGCGAAAUAGGUACUCAGUAG